AUGCUCCUUUGUGCCACCAAUGACGGUGCCAUCAUCGAAGUUUCUUGGGACGCAGAAUGUCCAAGAGCCGUCGGCAUCCUGUCGCGUCACCGUCGCCAGGCUCAAGUUGACCGUUGGCCAUGGCACACAUCUGACCUGAGAGAUCUGUUAGACCCCUUAACGACACAGAAAAUAAUGUUGAGCCAUACCAGAGGCUCACUCACCUCGGGGUCUGAACGAUUUCUUAUCGCCAAACCCGAGACCGGAGCAGUUGACGAUGGCCAGCACAUUUGGCAACCCCUUGAUCGUGAAAGCUUCGUGCAGGUCACUGGUCUCCUUGCGGAAUACUUUCCCGCCAUUCUACAAGAACCUACGAAGGAGAAACAAGCAGUAGAUAAUGAGGUCUACACACCAUGUCCAAUAUUCACGACCCCACUUCACCUCGUCAUCUGGAAACGCGCUCGAUCUUUAAUGCCGAAACUCGACCAAACCCAGUCACUUCGCCUUUUCCUCAGUAAAAGCUCUGUAUUGCGCCAGGUGGUCCUCCAGAUACUCAAUGCCAGGCACGAAGGUGAUGUGAGUUUCAGGGUUGGUGUUCCUGACUCCAUGUCAGAACGUUCUGAGAACCAUUUUGUGAUCACGCUCCCCAGCUUCCUUCGCGGUAUUACCCAGCAAUUGUGA